UCCUUUCACAGGUACGUUUACUGUUGAGUGGUUAUACAAUUACGCACAGCUCAAGAGUUUUAUAGUAAAUUAUUGCUUACAUCCAUGAUCCAUUUGGUUAUAUAAAUAGAACACACUAAGCUACUGAUAUGUCAAUAUUAAAUGUCUAUUACCCAUUUACAAGUAAAGAAAUUAUACAAAGAGCUUUUGAAGUAUGGCUGUAAUUUAAAACUUACUGACAAAAAUUAUUAUAAAAGUCGAAUCAAACAGGAAUUUUUGGACAAUAAACAGUUAGUUAAACCGGAAGAGAUUAAAUUUUUCUAUGAUAAAGGAAAAGAGUUAUUAAAAAGGAAGUCAAUAGUAUAAAUUGUGUCCGUUUUCAUUACUUCCAAUAUCCAUGUAUUCAUUAUUGUGUAAAGCUCUACCCUUUAACACUAAAAGUGUGAAGAAUGCUAGAGGCAUUAGU